ACUUCCGGGUCACCGAGGCCGCCGGUGGCGGCGCAGGCGUCGUCGCUCGCAGGUACCUCGCAGGUACCCGGUCUAUGGAGUCCGUUGGUGCCGGCGCGGAGGCAGGAGACGCGGUCCGAGUAGGGGCCUGUGCCCCGCCAGGAUGUUGCCGGGCUUGGCCGCCGCCGCUGCGGCCCACAGACGGGGCUGGUCCUCCCUGUGCCGGCUCCGUCUGCGCUGCGGGGCGGCGGCCCGCGGCUCCGGCGAGCUCCAGGAAUGGCAGAAUUUGGUGACAUUUGGAAGCUUUUCAAACGUGGUUCCCUGUAGUCACUCAUACUUUUGUACACUGAGUCAAGUAAAGUUGUACUCUACGAAUGUUCAGAAAGAAGGGCAGGGAUCAAAAACUCCCCAAGUGGAAAAAAUACCAACAUUUGAUGAAGCAGCAGAACUCAAAGGUCCACUUACUAAGCAAGAACCUCUCCAAGUAAGAGUCAAAGCAGUCCUUAAGAAGAGGGAGUAUGGACCAAAGUAUACUCAGAAUAAUUUCAUCACUGGAGUGAGAGCAAUAAAUGAGUUCUGCCUUAAAGCCAGUGAUCUGGAACAACUUCGAAAAAUCAGACAACGAAGUCCCCAUGAAGAUACUGAAUCCUUUACUGUAUACUUGAGAUCAGAUGUGGAGGCAAAAUCUUUGGAAGUCUGGGGAAGCCCUGAAGCUCUUGCCAGGGAGAGAAAACUGCGUAUAAAAGCGGAAAGAGAAUACAGAGAAAGGUUAUUUAGAAACCAAAGCAUAUUAAGAGAAUAUAGCGACUUCCUUGGAAAUACCAAGCCACGUUCCAGAAUGACAUCAGUUUUUCUUAAGGGGCCAGGAAAGGUGGUGAUGGUUGCCAUUUGCAUCAAUGGAUUAAAUUGCUUCUUUAAAUUUCUUGCUUGGAUUUAUACGGGUUCAGCAAGUAUGUUCUCCGAAGCUAUACAUUCUUUAUCUGAUACUUGUAAUCAGGGUUUACUGGCACUGGGCAUCAGUAAGUCUAUUCAAACACCAGAUCCUAGUCAUCCGUAUGGAUUUUCAAAUAUGCGCUAUAUUGCUUCACUAAUUAGUGGUGUUGGUAUUUUCAUGAUGGGUGCAGGAUUAUCUUGGUACCAUGGAAUUAUGGGAUUGCUUCAUCCUCAACCAAUGGAAUCUCUGCUUUGGGCAUAUUGUAUUUUAGCAGGAUCAUUGUUAUCUGAAGGAGCAACACUUCUUGUUGCUGUAAAUGAACUUCGUAGGAGUGCUGCAGCCAAAGGAAUGUCAUUUUACAAGUAUGUAAUGGAAAGUCGUGAUCCUAGUACAAAUGUUAUUUUAUUGGAGGAUACUGCAGCAGUCUUGGGAGUGACAAUAGCAGCCACUUGUAUGGGCCUUACUUCCAUAACAGGCAAUCCACUGUACGACAGCCUAGGUUCUUUGGGUGUGGGCACCUUAUUAGGCGUUGUCUCAGCAUUCCUCAUUUACACUAACACCGAAGCACUGCUAGGGCGAUCCAUCCAGCCGGAACAAGUACAGCGGCUUACUGAACUCCUGGAGAAUGACCCAUCAGUAAGGGCAAUUCAUGAUGUUAAAGCCACAGAUUUGGGGCUAGGUAAAGUAAGAUUUAAGGCAGAAGUAGAUUUUGAUGGACGAGUUGUUACAAGAUCAUAUUUGGAAAAACAAGAUUUUGACCAAAUGCUACAGGAAAUUCAAGAAGUAAAAACUCCUGAAGAACUAGAGACAUUUAUGCUUAAACAUGGAGAAAAUAUUAUUGAUACUUUGGGAGCUGAAGUAGAUAGACUUGAGAAGGAACUAAAAAAACGAAAUCCUGAAGUUCGACAUGUUGACUUGGAGAUAUUAUAGAUUUGAUGGAAUGAAUCACUUCAGAGGGACCUUGGAAACAAGUUUGUUGAGCCUUCUUUCCCACAUUGAAGGAGUCAACGCCAUUCAGAAGCCACUUUUUUUUAAGAUGAAGGAAAUAUUUUAUGUAAAAGGGCAAUUCAACAAUCUACAGAACUAAAACUACUUCUUCUAAGAGACACAUUACAAAUUGAACCAGUUUGGAAAUCAAGUUUUUAUGUUUUAGUAGGAAACAGUUAACUUAAAUUGAUCACAAUUUCUUAUUUUGGCCUGUCAGAGUAUAUUGUACCUUACAAUCAUGUUUUCUUUCUUCAUAUUGGUAAAAAUAAGCAGCAUCCAUAGGGUUAUUAAUUUUAUUUCCACUGAAGACUUCACUCCAUCAAAACCUGCCAGUACUGAAUGUGUUGGCUAAAUCUUGGUUUGUGGUUUUUAAAGUCACACCGCUUCAGUCUGCCGUUAUAGAAUAUAAAAAUUAUUUUUACAUACCUUAUGAUUUUGCCCUGAGCACUAAGAGGGGCACUCUCCUAACCUGGUUAUCCAUAAAUGUUCAUUCCAGAAUGGGCUUGGUUACUGAAUUGAAGGAAGGCAUUUUAAUACAGCCUUUGAGGUCAUAGUAGUUGCCAUUUUGUAAAAUUUAUUAUUUCUCCUUUGCUUUCUUACUUGGUUUAAUUUUUGUGAUGGCAAAAGAAAAAACCCUAUGUUUCCAUGGGCCAGUGUAAUGACUGGCUUUUUGUUUUUUAACUGGCUUCAGUGCCAUCAUGUGUAUUUAUUAGGACAUAAUACAUUUAUAAGUAUUUUGACAUUCUGUAUAAUGGGCUAGAAAUAUUUAUAAUUUUAUAGAUAAGGUAACAUUUUACUUUUAAUUUAUUUAAAAAGGCACUACUUAUGUAAACCUGAACUGUGGGAUAUUUCUUGCUUUAAGAGAAAGGGAGAGAAGUAAAUCUCUUACGCAGAACUUGUGUCCUUGAUUUUUUAUAACACCAUAGUCUGUAGCAUGUCUGUAACCUGAGUUCCUCACAGUUACAAAUGGGCAUUUAGCAUAAAUAUGGCCAUAAGAUUAGGUAAGUAGCUUUCUAAUGAUCAUAAGGUAUCAAGGUGAAAAGAAAUACAAUUGAGUAAUUAAAAGUCUAGUGCAAAACUA